UCACCUAGCACAUGUCAGGAUCCUUCAUCUCUCCGUCCACAAUGCAAGGCUACAGAGCGGCUCUUCCUUUGGAGAGGCACAAACUCACCUCCCCCAUGCACUAUUGAUCACCCCGUUAUUCAGCAUCUAGCCAGCUUAGCUAAUCGUGCCUCCCUUCGCGACACUGCAAGCUACGGCGCCGGGCUUCGAAAAUUCCACAAAUUUUGCGACAUCUUCUCAAUACCGGAGCACGACCGAUUACCAGCAUCCUUCGAACUUUUGCACUCAUUUGCCUUAUGGGCUGUCACAGACCCAGACCCUCUCGCGCGAAAAUAUCUCUCAGCGGUACGAGCUUGGCAUAUAGUUCAAGGGUGGCCACCACCUCUUUCAGAUGCUCAUCACGAUCAUAUUAAUUGGUCGCUGCGGGGUCUAAAAAACAUACAAGGUAGUCGUCGUAAGCCCCUUCGACCACCUAUAACAGUCCCAAUGUUGUCAGCUCUCAAAGCAACCCUAACACUAUCGGACCCAUUCGACGCCUGCACUUGGGCCAUGGCUUCA